AUGGUCGGUGGUAACCCCCAGCACGACGCAUAUGGUUUCCGCAACUUCGGCAGCCCUACCAACGCAUUCGCCGAAUACAGAUCUACUGGUUCCCUUGGUCAAUUCGAAGGAUUCCUUGCCGCCCUCUGGUCUGCUUCCUUCUGUGUUGUUGGCCCAGAGUAUAUUUCCAUGGUUUCAGCCGAGGCUAAGCGUCCCCGUACAUACAUCAAGACUGCGUUCAAGACUGUCUACUGGCGUUUCGGUAUCUUCUUCAUCGGUGGUGCUCUCGCUGCUGGCAUUGUCGUAUCCCACAAAAACCGCGAACUUGUCGACAUUGUUAGCGGUGACAAAGGAGGUGCCGGUACUGCUGCCGCCUCGCCCUAUGUUAUUGCCAUGACACAAAUGGGUAUUAAGGGACUUCCUUCGCUCGUCAACGCUUUGCUUGUCACCUCCAUCUUCUCCGCUGGUAACACUUACACCUACUGCGCCACCCGUUCCCUUUACGGUAUGGCUGUCGAGGGCCGCGCUCCUGGACUCUUCCGCAAGACCACCAAGAACGGUGUCCCGAUCUACUGUUUCUUCUUCGUUAUGCUGUUCCCCUGCUUGUCCUUCCUCCAGGUCAGCAGCGGCUCCAACAAGGUCCUCACCUGGUUGGUCAACUUGAUUACUGCUGGUGGUAUCAUCAACUACAUUACCAUGACCGUCACCUACAUCUUCUUCUGGCGCGCAUUGAAGGCCCAGGGUAUCGAUAGAAAGCUCCUUCCUUACUGUGGUUGGUUCCAACCCUACUCAGCAUACAUCGGACUUGCCUGGAUGAUCAUGAUUGUUACCUGCUACGGCUACACUUCCUUCGCACCCUGGUCGGUCGACAACUUCUUCAUUUACGUAUGUUACACUAUACUCCUUUUACUGCCAUGUAUUCUCCAGCUGACUUGUGACUCGCAGUACACUAUGUUGUUGCUCGCACCCGUAACCUUCACAUUCUGGAAGGUGUUCAAGAAGACCAAGCUCCAGAAGCCUAUGACUACCGACCUUGUGUGGGAGCGUCCUGCCAUCGACGCCUACGAAGCUACCUUCUUGGACCCACCGAACACUUUCUGGCGCGAGAUGAUUCCCUUUCUUGAAGGGCAAGGGCAGCGACCGCCAAGUCGGCGAGGACUCUGGCAACUACUCCGGCAUGGAGUAAAGAUGAUGAUGACUUUACAGUGUUCAUCAACAUCACUUUCAUGA